AUCUAAGAGUUCCCUUGCUUAUGUUCAUAUGAAAGCUUCUAAGCGUUUCAGUGAUAUCAAUUUAGUCCAGAUUGGUCUUGAUAAAAGAAAAAAAAAACCUUUUUGGGAAGAAUAAAUAGAAACACAGUAUCGCCGUCUUCUUUACCCGAAUCACUACUCUCUAGGUUUUCUCAGAAAUCAGAAGAAACCGAUGAACGUGAGCCAAUUCGACGGAAGCGCCGCCUUCCACGGCAUCGGGUUCAUGCCCCCCUCCAACGCAGCCCCCGAACCGUCUUUUUUUCCUUCCAAGAAUCGUGAAGUCCAAACACUGCUUUCAGUGACCCUGAAGCAGAUUCAUGAUGCUAUCGCCGGCGAGAAUGGCUUCUUUAUUGACGACGUCGAUGUCUCCACUGUGAAGCUUGUGGGAGUAGUGCAUGAAUUUGUUGGGAGAGUUACAGAUGCUACUUUCACUGUUGAUGAUGGCACCGGACGCAUCGAAUGCAACAGAUUCUGUCUAGAUGAAAUAGACAGUGCCGAAGUUGAAGCAAUCUCGAACGGAAUGUAUGUCCGGGUUCAUGGGUGCUUGAAAACCUUUCAGGGGAAGAAGACCAUACAAGCGUUCUGUGUUAGGCCAGUGGAUGACUAUGAUGAGAUUGCAAGCCACUUUAUUGAGUGUAUGUAUGUCCAUCUGUACAACACCAAGCUAUCGAAAUCACAGGUUGGUGCAGGUGUCACAACUCAGUCAUAUAUGACAAUUCCACAAAGUCAGGUACCUGGACAAUAUAGCCUUGAUGGACAGAGAAGCCUUGAAGAAAAUGUCUUACAAGUUUUGAACUAUCCUCCGUACUUGCAAGGGGGAGCACACAUUGAGACAAUUGCCCAAGUACUGAAAGUACCAGCACAGGAUAUCUCGUCAGUGUCUCGCGCUCUCUCGAAUCUUGUGGAGGUUGGCAGAAUAUACGAGUUUGAUAAAUCUUGGUAUAAAUCCCUUGCCAAUGGUUGAGCACAGCUAACAGAAAAUGGUUGUGGUAUCAAUUGGGUAGUAUCGUAGUACUGUUUCACUUUGUUAUGUGAAGCCUUGAAGUUGAACUAGACUUGAGAGGCAUCUUGUAUGUUCUCCUAUUAGCACUUAAACACCUGUGUUAAAUUACUGUUGUCAUUUUAUAUUUAACUCUCAGUAAUUGAUCUUUAGGUGUUUCUUCUUUAAUCUGCAAUUAGAAUUUGCAUCAGCAAGAUACUCUUAUUUAGAGCUUCUAUACUGGAUAAAUUUAGAGUA